AUGGCGGAAGGUCCAAGAAAAGCUCUAGGAGACGUCACACCACCUUCUGGAGAAGAUGAAGAAGAAGGAAAAGAAUUAACUCUUGAUUUUGAUGAAGACGCUUUGACAGCAAUAGUUGAAGUUAACAAGAAUGAAAGUAACGACGUUCACACAAAAGAAGAUCUUUUAAACGCCAUCCACUUUUACACGGAAGAAAUUAAAGAGAAAUGCGAAAACAAAGAAUUGAAGGCCAAACUGUAUAACGACAGGGCAACAGUAUAUUUCAAAUUAGGCAAUUACCAGGAUUCACUGGGAGAUGCAACAACCGCCCAUCAUCUACAACCAACAUAUCUGAAGGCAAUUGUUACAGGAGCAAGUGCCUGUCUUGCGCUGAAUAAGCCUGAAGAAGCGCUCAGAUGGUGUGUUCAAGGAUUAGCUACGAAGACAGUAAUCGAUAUAAUAAAGCAAGACCUCCACAAUGCAAGAGAACUGGGAGACAGGGCUGGCGAGGGACAUGCCUACCACGAUCUUGGCAUGGCUUAUUACCAGCUGGGUGAUAUCAAUCAAGCCACAGAGUACCACAAACAACAUCUUACUAUUGCCAAAGUACUGGAAGACAGGGCAGGCGAGAGAAGGGCCUACCACAAUCUUGGCUUGGCUUAUCGCGUGCUGGGUGACUUCAAUCAAGCCAUAGAGUACCACAAACAACAACUUACUAUUGCCGAAGAACUGGGAGACAGGGCAGACGAAAGAAACGCCUACCACAAUCUUGGCUCGGCUUAUUACCAGCUGAAUGAUUUCACUCAAGCCAUAGAUUACCACAAAAAACAUCUUAGUAUUGUUAAAGAACUGGGAGACAGGGCAGGAGAGGGACAUGCCUACCACGAUCUUGGCUCGGCUUAUCAAAACCUUGGUGAUUUCAAUCAAGCCAUAGAGUACCACAAACAACAUCUUACUAUUGCCGAAGAACUGAGAGACAGGGCUGGUGAGGGACAUGCCUACCACGAUCUCGGCAUGGCUUCUUACCAGCUGGGUAAUAUCAAUCAAGCCACAGAGUACCACAAACAACAUCUGACUAUUGCCGAAGAACUGGGAGACAGGGCAGGCGAGAGAAGGGCCUACCACAAUCUUGGCUUGGCUUAUCGCGUGCUGGGUGAUUUCAAUCAAGCCAUACAGUACCACCAACAACAUCUUAUUAUUGCCAAAGAACUGGGAGACAGGGCAGACGAAAGAAAUGCCUACCACAAUCUUGGCUCAGCUUAUUACCAGCUGAAUGAUUUCACUCAAGCCAUAGAGUACCACAAACAACAUCUCAGUACUGUUAAAGAACUGGGAGACAGGGCAGGCGAGGGACAUGCCUACCACGAUCUUGGCUCGGCUUAUCACAAGCUUGGUGAUUUCAAUCAAGCCAUAGAGUAUCACAAACAAUAUCUUACUAUUGCCGAAGAACUGGGAGACAGGGCUGGCGAGGAACAUGCCUGCCAUGAUCUUGGCUUGGCUUAUUACCAACUGGGUGAUUUCAAUCAAGCCAUAGAGUACCACAAACAACAACUUACUAUUGCCGAGGAACUGGGAGACAGGGCAGACGAAAGAAACGCCUACCACAAUCCUGGCUCAGGCUAUCACAACCUUGGUGAUUUCAGUCAAGCCAAAAAGUAUCACAAACAACAUCUUACUAUUACCGAAGACCUGGGAGACAGGGCGGACGAAAGAAAUGCCUACCACAAUCUUGGCUCGGCUUAUUACCAGCUGGGUGAUUUCAAUCAAGCUAUAGAGUACCACAAACAACAUCUUGGUAUUGCCAAAGAACUGGGAGGCAGGGCAGGCGAGGGACAUGCGUACCACGAUCUUGGCUCGGCUUAUCACAAGCUUGGUGAUUUCAAUCAAGCCAUUAAGUAUCACAAACAACAUCUUACUAUUGCCAAAGAACUGGGAGACAGGGCUGGCGAGGGACAUGCCUACCACAACCUUGGCUUGGCGUAUCACGUACUGGGUGAUCUAAAUCAAGCCAUAGAGUACCACAAACAACAACUUAGUAUUUCCGAAGAACUGGGAGACAGGGUAAACGAAAGAAAUGCCUACAACAAUCUUGGCUCGGCUUAUCACAACCUUGGUGAUUUCAAUCAAGCCAUACAGUACCACAAACAACAUCUUACUAUUGCCGAAGAACUGGGAGACAGGGGAAACGAAAGAAACGCCUAUCACAAUCUUGGCUCGGCUUAUCAGAACCUUGGUGAUUUCAGUCAAGCCAUAAAGUAUCAUAAACAACAUCUUACUAUUGCCGAAGAACUGAGAGACAGGGCUAGCGAGGGACAUGCCUACCACGAUCUUGGCUUGGCUUAUUACCAGCUGGAACUGGGUGACAAGGCAGACAAGGGACGGGCCUACCACAAUCUUGGCUCGGCUUAUUACCAGCUGGGUGAUCUCAAUCAAGCCAUACAAUACCACAAACAACAACUUACUAUUGCCGAAGAACUGGGAGACAGGGCAGACGAAAGAAAUGCCUACAACAAUCUUGGCUCGGCUUAUCACAACCUUGGUGAUUACAAUCAAGCCAUAAAGUAUCACAAACAACAUCUUACUAUUGCUAAAGAACUGGGAGACAGGGCUGGCGAGGGACAUGCCUACCACAAUCUUGGCUUGGCGUAUCACGUACUGGGUGAUCUCAAUCAAGCCAUAGAGUACCACAAACAACAACUUAGUAUUGCCGAAGAACUGGGAGACAGGGUAGACGUAAGGAAUUCCUACAACAAUCUUGGCUCGGCUUAUCACAACCUUGGUGAUUUCAAUCAAGCCAUACAGUACUACAAACAACAUCUUACUAUUGCCGAAGAACUGGGAGACAGGGGAAACCAAAGAAACGCCUAUCACAAUCUUGGCUUGGCUUAUCAGAACCUUGGUGAUUUCAGUCAAGCCAUAAAGUAUCAUAAACAACAUCUUACUAUUGCCGAAGAACUGAGAGACAAGGCUGGCGAGGGACAUGCCUACCACGAUCUUGGCUUGGCUUAUUACCAGCUGGAACUGGGAGACAGGGCAGACAAGGGACGGGCCUACCACAAUCUUGGCUCGGCUUAUCAUAAGCUGGGUGAUCUAAAUCAAGCCAUACAAUACCACAAACAACAACUUACUAUUGCCGAAGAACUGGGAGACAGGGCAAACGAAAGAAAUGCCUACAACAAUCUUGGCUCGGCUUAUCACAACCUUGGUGAUUUCAAUCAAGCCAUACAGUAUCACAAACAACAUCUUACUAUUGCCGAAGAACUGGGAGACAGGGCAGACGAAAGAAACGCCUACCACAAUCUUGGCUCGGCUUAUCACAACCUUGGUGAUUUCAGUCAAGCCAUAAAGUAUCAUAAACAACAUCUUACUAUUGCCGAAGAACUGGGAGACAGGGCUGGCGAGGGACAUGCCUACCACCAUCUUGGUUCGGCUUAUCAUAAGCUUGGGGAUUUCAAUCAAGCCAUAAAGUAUCAGAAACAACAUCUUACUAUUGCCGAAGAACUGGGAGACAGGGCUGGCAAGGCACAUGCCUAUCACAAUCUUGGCUUGGCUUAUCACGUGCUGAGUGAUUUCAAUCAAGCCAUAGAGUACCACAAACAACAACUUAGUAUUGCCGAAGAACUAGGAGACAGGGCAGACGAAAGAAAUGCCUACCACAAUCUUGGCUCAGCUUAUCACAAGAUUGGUGAUUUCAAUCAAGCCAUAAAGUAUCACAAAAAACAUCUUACUAUUGCCGAAGAAUUGGGAGACAGGACAGGCGAGGGACAUGCCUACCACAAUCUUGGCUCGGCUUAUUACCAGCUGGAUGAUUUCGCUCAAGCCAUAGAGUAUUACAAACAACACCUUAGUAUUGCCAAAGAACUGGGAGACAGGACAGGCGAGGGACAUGCCUACCACGAUCUUGGCUCGGCUUAUCACAACUCUGGUGACUUGCACCAAGCGGUUGAUUAUUAUCAACGCAGUGUUAGAUUUUUCAAUCAGUUAAGAGUUCUUCAAGCUAAAGAUGAGUUGAAAGUAACCUUCCGCAAUGCACAUCAAUGCAGUUAUAAUGCUCUCUGGAGAACUUUGCUUAAGCUGUCAAAAUUCGACGAGGCGUUGUGUGUUGCGGACCAAGGACGAGCCCAAGCCUUGUUAGAUCUCAUCAAACUACGAUAUGGCUCCCAACUGCCAGUUUCUGGAUCAGCUGAGGUUCAACCAGGGAUCUUCGAAAUGGUCACUAAUAUCUCUGGUCCGACGCUUUUUGUUGCACUACAAGAAAACGCAGUUAACCUGUGGGUAAUCGGGAAAGACGGAAAUGUACAGUUUACACAGAAGGAAGUAAAAUAUCGCUUGGGAGGUGCGACCGACUAUUUAAAGAGUUUAAGGAAGAAGGCUUAUGAAGAAGUACGAGGACAAUUCCGUGUAGUCUGUGAAAACCGCACAUUAGAUGAGACAAGCACCGAACAAGAAUUGCCACCCGCCGGUGAAGAAACAGGAAACCUAUUACAGUCUGACAAGAAUCCUCUACGUCUCUUUCAUGAGUGCAUCAUAAGUCCUAUUUCAAAUUUCAUCGAAGAUGGUGAGUUGGUCGUCGUUCCUGAUGGUCCACUGUGCCUCGCCCCUUUUGCUGCAUUUUUGGAUUCCGAAUCAAAGUACCUCAGUGAAUCCGUGAGAUUGCGGUUUCUUCCGUCAUUGAUGUGUAUGAAACUGAUUAACGAUUCUCCUGAAGAUUAUCACCAAAAGAGUGGGGCGUUACUCGUAGGAGAUCCAAAUCUAGAAGAAUUUACCACCUUGCUGGGAGAGGACAAAUUUUCAUCCUUGCCUUUCGCCAAAAAGGAAGUGGAGAUGAUCGGAGCGAUGCUCGGUAUCCAGCCACUCACCGGAAAAGCAGCAACCAAGGCUGAGGUGCUAAAGAGAAUCGGUUCGGUUGCUUUGGUGCACAUUGCUGCGCACGGAAAAAUCGACAAUGGGGAAAUUGCAUUGGCUCCAAAUCCAGAACGAAAAUACAGAAGACCGGAAGAACCAGAUUUCAUGUUAACCAUUUCAGAUGUACAAGCAGCUAAGUUGCGUGCAAAGCUUGUUGUGUUAAGCUGUCCUCACAGUGCACAGGGCAAAGUGUCAAGUGAGGGUGUGGUCGGCAUUGCACGGGCUUUUCUCGGUGCUGGUGCUCGUUCUGUUCUGGUCGCACUCUGGUCAAUUGAUGACGAGGCCACCAUGGAGUUUAUGAGAAGCUUUUACCAACAUCUGAAGGAUGGAAACAGCGCCAGUGUGUCACUCAAUCGGGCGAUGAAAUGUCUGCGAGAAUCACAAAAGUUCAAUGCCCCGCGGUUCUGGGCUCCGUUUGUACUCAUUGGUGAUGACGUCACAGUCGAUUUUGGACAAAUCUGUAAAGAAUCAUCCCAAGGAGAAGAAGCAUCAAUAACUGAAGUUGAGGGUCAAGAUGAACACGAACAGAUGCCAUAAAAGGAAAUUGCACUGAUGCAGUUCAGUAAAUACCAGUAAAGUAAAGUCUCUAAAGAAAAACACUGAAAAAAUACGUAAAAACCUGUCGACUUCACGUUGGUCUCGUGGGUAGGUUACCCGGGUCAAAAUUCGUCAGAGAAUUGCUGAAAAGUAAAUCA